AGAGGAAAGUGUGACCGUGCCGACUACUCUAAAUCUGGUAUGAAGACCUGGCUUUUAAAGUAAAUGAACAGGCUAAUGUGUCAGAGACCAAGUUAGUGUAAAGUUGUCAUGCAUUUCACCUUCAGUCUUACACUUGCUGCCAGGUGCCCGGGAAGGGGAAGUGACGUACAUCCGGUGUCAUGGCGGCACGGUGGAGCUCCCGGUAAGUACUAAACUCAGUCCACUCUUAACCUUCAAGGAAUUCAUACUGUUUUGUACUUGUUAUUUACCAGAUCAGCUAACAACCAAAAAUGAAAAGUAGUGUGGGGCAGAUAAAACAUUCUUCUGGUCAUGACAGAAAGGAAAACUAUAAUUCACAUCAGAAGGUCUCCUCUCCUGAAGACAGGUCUGCAGAACAAGAAAGAUCCCCUCGGGAUAGAGAUUACUAUGAUUACAGUAGAUCAGACUAUGAACGUUCACGAAGAGGGUGUUCUUACGAUAGCAGCAUGGAGUCACGAAGUAGGGACCGAGAGAAACACAGAGAAAGAGAUGUGAAUCGAAAAAGGUCCCGAAGAACCCCAUCUCCUGUCAGAAGAAGUCCAGAACAUGCCCAGGAUGAACCUAGUACAAAAAAGAAGAAAGAUGAACUGGAUCCUCUUCUUACUCGUACUGGUGGAGCUUACAUUCCUCCUGCAAAGCUCAGGAUGAUGCAGGAGCAGAUCACAGAUAAAAACAGCUUAGCAUACCAGAGGAUGAGCUGGGAAGCCCUAAAGAAGUCAAUCAAUGGUCUUAUCAAUAAAGUCAACAUUUCUAAUAUAGGCAUAAUUAUUCAAGAACUACUUCAAGAAAAUAUAGUGAGAGGAAGAGGUCUACUGUCCAGAUCUGUUUUGCAAGCGCAAAGUGCCUCUCCAAUUUUCACUCAUGUUUAUGCAGCAUUGGUUGCAAUUAUCAACUCAAAAUUUCCACAAACUGGAGAACUAAUUCUCAAGAGGUUAAUUCUCAAUUUUCGAAAAGGUUAUCGGAGAAAUGAUAAGCAACUUUGUCUGACUGCUUCAAAAUUUGUGGCACAUCUUAUCAACCAAAAUGUGGCACAUGAAGUUUUAUGUUUAGAGAUGCUCACUUUGCUCCUGGAAAGACCAACAGAUGACAGUGUAGAAGUGGCAAUCGGUUUUCUCAAGGAAUGUGGCCUCAAACUAACACAGGUGUCACCAAGAGGAAUCAAUGCCAUUUUUGAACGCCUUCGAAACAUUCUCCAUGAAUCUGAAAUUGACAAAAGAGUUCAAUAUAUGAUUGAAGUGAUGUUUGCUGUACGGAAGGAUGGAUUUAAAGAUCACCCUGUUAUCUUAGGAGGACUUGACUUAGUAGAAGAAGAUGACCAGUUCACCCACAUGCUUCCUCUAGAGGACGAAUAUAAUCCAGAAGAUGUUCUUAAUGUCUUCAAGAUGGAUCCUAAUUUUAUGGAGAAUGAAGAGAAAUACAAAGAGAUUAAAAAAGAAAUUCUUGAUGAAGGAGAUAGUGACUCAAAUACAGACCAAGAUGCUGGGAGUAGUGAAGAUGAAGAUGAAGAAGAAGAAGAAGAAGAAGGAGAAGAAGAUGAAGAAGGACAGAAAGUGACUAUUCAUGACAAAACCGAAAUUAAUCUAGUCUCAUUUCGUCGAACAAUUUAUCUUGCUAUUCAGUCAAGUUUAGAUUUUGAAGAAUGUGCUCACAAGCUGCUGAAAAUGGAGUUUCCUGAAAGCCAAACAAAAGAACUCUGCAACAUGAUACUUGACUGCUGUGCUCAACAACGAACAUACGAGAAAUUUUUUGGCUUAUUAGCUGGGCGAUUUUGCAUGCUAAAGAAAGAAUACAUGGAAUCUUUUGAAAGCAUAUUCAAAGAACAAUAUGAUACCAUCCAUCGCUUAGAAACUAAUAAGCUAAGAAAUGUUGCUAAGAUGUUUGCUCACCUUUUGUAUACGGACUCACUUCCAUGGAGUGUUCUUGAAUGCAUAAGACUGAGUGAAGAAACAACUACGUCAUCCAGUAGAAUUUUUGUUAAAAUAUUUUUCCAAGAACUGUGUGAAUACAUGGGACUUCCUAAGCUUAAUGCAAGAUUAAAAGAUGAAACCCUACAGCCUUUCUUUGAAGGAUUAUUACCCCGAGAUAAUCCACGAAACACUCGAUUUGCCAUCAAUUUCUUUACAUCUAUAGGUCUUGGAGGUUUGACGGAUGAAUUGCGUGAACAUCUCAAAAAUACACCAAAGGUCAUUGUGGCACAGAAACCAGAUAUUGAGCCAGAUAAAUCUUCCUCCUCAUCCUCCUCUUCUGCAUCCUCUUCUUCAGAGUCAGACUCCUCUGCCUCUGAUUCAGACAGUAGUGACAGCAGUUCAGAGUCUUCUAGUGAAGAGAGUGAUUCUUCCUCGAGCAGCAGUCAAAGCUCUUCCUCAGAUAAAGAUAGGAGAAAGAAGAGACAAGGGAAGACAAAAAAUAAAGUAGAUAAAUUGACCAGGAAGCAACAUAAAAAUGAUAAGAAGCAGGAAGAAAGAAGACCAGAGCAGAGGUACCAGGAAACCAGAACUGAAAGGGAAAGAAGGUCAGAAAAGCACAGAGAUAAAAAUUCAAGAGAUACAAAGUGGAGAGAUUCCAUCACAAAAUACAGUUCUGAACAAAAUAAUUAUAGUGGAGUUGUGAAGGACAGAGACCAAGAAAUGCACCCGGAUUUGGAAAAUAAGCAUGGUGGUCCCAAAAAGAAAAGAAGUGAGAGAAGAAAUUCCUUUUCUGAAAAUGAGCACAGACACCGAAAUAAGGACAGUGAAAAUUAUAAAAGGAGAGAGAGAUCAAAGUCAAGAGAGAAAACUAGAAGACACUCUGGUUCUAGAAGUGGUGAGGAUAGUUACCAGAAUGGGGCUGAGAGACGGUGCGAUAAAUCUAGCAGGUGUUUUGAACUAUCCAGAGAAUCAAGGAAAAGUCAUGAUCGAGGAAGAGAAAAAUCUCCAACAAAACAGAAAAAAUAAUUCUGAAAAAUGACAGAAACUGCAUAUGCCUUAUAUUCAAGUGGAGCAAAUUAUUUUUUACAUUGAUUACUGAACUUUAUAGACAAUUCUUGUAUAAAGAACUGGUUUGUAUUGUACAUUGAAAAGAUGUUUUCAUUUUGACAUGUUUUAUAAUUGGUACAUCUCAAGGCCCACAACUUAAAAUUAUUUGAAGUUUCACCAGAGAGGGGUAUGAUUCUUUCUUAUAUUUUGUUAAUAAAAUGAUCAAAUGCUCAUUGAAUCAGUGAUUUUCUUCCUUGACAAAAUAUUUUUUUGAUAUUUCCAGUUAUAUUACCAUUAUAAAUGAAUCACAAGUAACUUUUUAUUUUUAACCAAAGACCAAAAUAGAUGAACCAUUUCACUGUAACAUUUUUGUUUUAUUAAUGAGAUGCUAUGAGCCCUUUUUAUGUGGUCACCCUUUUUUAAUGUAGAAUGAUUAUUUCAGGUUUAUACUGUGUAUUAUAUAAAAAUGUAUGUAAAUAUUUUCAUAAUUUUUGGUAACAUUAGGUGUAUGUUAAACAGACACAGCUAUAUGAUUUUUAAUUAGGACAUCUCUCACUGAUACUGUUUUUUCUUUCUGGACUGCUAGAGAGCAGUUAAUUAAACUAUUUGGUACUUUCUUUAGCUCAGCCUGUAAGUUAUAUCGCCAUUGGUGAGUUUUAUCUACUUAAUUAUAAAUUUGGACUCAUAGGUCAUAGGAGAACAAAUGAUUGUAAGAAUUGUGAACAGCCUCACUUGAAUUUUUAUAAGAACUUUAAGGGUUUUCAUCAUUGUAACUCUCCACUUAUCAUGUGAUCAUAAUAUUUAUUAUUU